UUAGAUAAGAUGCCAAAAGGACGACUAGAGUACUUGAAACGUUUGCUACCUUUUUUAAUCAACCAGUCAGAGGAUUGUUUGUACUUGAACGUAUUUUCACCUGCACACGCCGCUCAAAGCGACAAAAAAUUACCUGUUGUAGUAUUUUUACACGGAGAAUCAUUCGAGUGGAACAGCGGGAAUCCCUACGAUGGAACCGUGCUGGCCAGUUACGGAGAGAUAGUUGUAGUUACAUUGAAUUAUCGACUAGGAAUCUUAGGUUUUUUAAAUGCCAACCCAAGCCCGGAAAUCCGGGCUCGAGUGGCCAACUACGGCCUGAUGGACCAGAUGGCGGCCCUGCACUGGGUUCAGCAGAACAUUGCCAAGUUCGGCGGGGAUCCCUCGAUGGUGACCCUGGCUGGUCACGGUAGUGGGGCUGCCUGUAUCAACUUCCUAAUGACCUCACCGACGAUGGUGCCCGGACUGUUUCACCGGGCCAUCCUGCUGUCGGGGUCCGCCUACUCGUCCUGGGCGCUCGUCGAGGAUCCCGUAAUCUACGCACUUCGUCUAGCGAAGGAAGUCAAUUGCUCAAUUCCGGAGGAUCUGAUCAAGAGUCACGAGGAAAUUGUGGAUUGUUUGCGGGAUGUGCCACUAGAGGAGCUGUUUGCAGCUGACAUUCAGCCACCGAGUUUCCUCAGUGCAUUCGGACCAUCGGUCGAUGGAGUGGUAAUCCGGCCGGGUCGAACCAAUCAAGACAUCGACGAAGCUCCUAUCCGAGGAACUUCAAAACGAUCUCAAGGAGCGGCAGGUCGAUACGACCUGCUGUUCGGAGUCGUCACCGGCGAGGCGCUGUGGCGAUUCAGUGCAGUGGACAUACAAAGUGGUUUCGAAGGCGAACGGCGGGACCGAAUCCUCCGAACCUACGUACGAAACGCCUACACGUACCAUCUUAGUGAAAUAUUCUACACCGUAGUUAACGAAUACACCGACUGGGAACGGACCAGUAUGCAUCCGAUCAACACCCGGGACGCCGCGGUGGCAGCCCUGUCCGAUGCUCAAUUCGUGGCACCGCUGGUGCACACGGGCGACAUGCUAGCCCCACCGCCACCGCUGCCCGGGCAGGAACCGUCCGGUCCGAUGUGCUUCUUCUACGUGUUCGACUAUCAGACCAAGGACGGCGAUUACCCGCAACGAAUGGGAACGGUCCACGGGGAGGAUUUGCCCUACGUAUUCGGUGCACCACUGGUCGACGGUUUCAAUCACUUUCCCAAGAACUACACCAAAUCCGAGGUCGCCCUGUCCGAGGCGAUCAUGAUUUACUGGGCCAACUUUGCGCGAACCGGAAAUCCAAACGAGCACCACCGGCAGGAUUCCAUCCUAACGGCAUCCAAGGAACGGAAUCGCUUCCGCAGCAUCAACUGGGACGAAUACGAUCCCGUCCACCAGAAGUACCUUGAAAUCGGCAUGAAACCUCGCAUGAAAAAUCACUUCCGGGCGCACCAGCUCUCGAUCUGGCUCCGGCUGAUACCGGAGCUGCACAAAGCCGGCAUGGAGGACGUGGUGGCGCGGCACAAUCUGUUCAAGAACCAUGACGACCUGGACAUCUACGAGGGAAUCGUCAAGCCGAAUGGUCUCUCCCGGUUGUCCUUCCUGGAGCAGGAUCUCAAGCGACGAGGCAUGAAUGGGCCCCAGUUCGGACAUUCGCUUCACAGCAACGUUGGUAUGACGACCGCGGAACCGUCACUGCUGACCACCUGCAUGCCAGUUGGCAACUACACGGCCUACACCCAGCCCACGUCGACGGUGCUGAAUGCCACGAUGGACACCCUGGCCGGACUGGAGGCGGCGGCCGGAUAUGCCGCCUACUCGACUGCCCUGAGCGUCACCAUCGCCAUCGGAUGCAGUUUGCUGAUAUUGAACGUUCUGAUCUUCGCCGGUGUCUACUACCAGCGGGACAAAACGCGGCUGGAGGUGAAGACCUUGCAGAAGCAGUACCAGCAGCGAGGGGGUAUGCACCAGCAGGGACCGUUUGAUCCGAUUAAGCACGCCCACUACCACCUGGGUCAUUCGCAGUCCGCCAACGUGAUAGUAGACGUGGAAAACCACGACACCGGGGCACUCAUCCUUGCCGGCGACGUCAAAUCACCGCACAUCUGUUCCAAUUCGAUGCAGAUAAAUGUGAUGAAGAGCGGUUCCCCCGGCAACGAUGGCCGAGGGGGUGGUGGAGGCGGUGGCGACGGUGGUGGAAACUGUAACGUCCCAUCAGGUCAAACCACAAAUAAUGCAAAAAUCCCACUGGCUAAUAACACCUCGUACAAGCCGCGCACCGAGCACAUUACGAUACCGAUCAAAAAUUCAACCUUCACCGGUGGCACCGGCAUGAUGACACUGCCCAAACCCGGCACGGUGCACAUACCGAUGAGCUACAAUCGGAAUGAGUGCAUGACGCUGCCCCGGAACACCGGCAUCAAUGCGGCCAGCAUGAACGCGGAGGCUCAACAAAUUAAACUACCGCCAAACGGAACUGCCAUCGGUGUUCACAUGCGCUCGAAUGCGGCCACGUCCACCCUCGGCCGGCCGCAAUCCUGCAGUAAUAGCUCGCCGGAGAACCGGCCCCUUCACUCGUCAUCAUCGUCGACGGCGCAGCAUCCGCCCCCACCGCCUUCCAGCGGCCAUCAGCACUCGCACCAGCAUCACUCACAUUCCCACAUGCAGCAACAACAGCAGCAUAGUGAUAAUUUCAUUAAGAUUGAGGGACACAGUCAAAAGUUAUCGACGAUGGAACGCGAAAGGCUGGAAAAUAUUCUGCACACUCUCGUUGAGAACCCGACGGGGUCAGGAAAAGAGAUCGCCAAAUUCCUGAAAAUUCUAAAAUCGACUGAAAAUAAUGUACUCAAACGUUACCGGGAGACCCUUACGUUGGAUCGGCCGAAACCAACAAGCCUGGACCUCGUUGCGGGAUUUAGCGAAAAAGUUCAUGAUGAGCCACAGUACAGUUCGGCGAAUUUGUAUGCGAGAAGGCUUACGGUCAUAUCGCGCCAGCUAACACUUCAGCGGGACGCUAAAACCCGUGCAAAGAAGCUGUACGAGCAAGUGUUGACCAAGUAUGUACAAAGGAUGCAUUUUGAUGGACGAUGA